CCUUACCUUAACCUAGUGCACUCACAAGACUAUUGGUUCCUGAAGAACUCUAAGCAUUCCCUAGUCUCGACCACAAUCUAUUUCAUCCUCUGAGAAUCUAAACCAACCAACAUUUUCUCUUUAUCCAUUCAAGAUUGAACUCUUGAAAUUUGGAUAUGGCCAACACUAAGGUAAUUGGUGCUGCAUUCUUGAUAUUGCUCCUUGUGGAGCUAUCCUUUGCGGCUAGAUCAUUAAAGGCCAUUAAAGCUAGUGGCGGCCGUGGUGGCGGUGGCGGUGGCGGUGGAGGUGGAGGAGGAGGUGGCGGCUCAACAUCUGGCUCAGGCUCUGGGUAUGGUUCGGGAAAAGGUUCAGGGAGUGGUUCGGGGUAUGGUAGUAAUGGAGGAGGAGGUGGUGGUGGAGGCGAAGGUGGAGGGGGAGGUGGCGGUGGUGGAACGGGUUUAAAUGGUGGUUCUGGGUCAGGAUAUGGGUCCGGAUAUGGAUCAGGGGGAGGAAUUGGAGAAGGUGGAGGAGGGGGAGGAGGUGGUGGUGGCGGAGGAGGUGGUGGUGGUGGUGGAGGCACUGGAAAUGGUGGGUCUGGUUAUGGGUCGGGAUAUGGAAGUGGAAGUGGAAGUGGAUAUGGGAGUGGAGGUGGCAAAGGUGGAGGUGGAGGAGGUGGCGGCGGCGGAGGCGGAGGUGGUGGUGGUAAUGGUAGUGGUAGCGGGUCUGGUUAUGGGUCAGGCUCAGGCUCAGGCUAUGGCAGUGGAGGUGGAGAUUAUUGGGAUUUACCAUGAACAUGAUUGCAUGAAUUUCAUUGUUAGGUAGUUCUUUCAUCCUUGCCAAUUACAACUCGGAAAUAAAAUGCAAAGCUUCACUAUCACCUUGUGGUGGUGGAGAUAUUGCAUACGUGCAUUCCGCCUAUGUGUGAUACUCGUAUCCUACAAUUAUACUAUUAGAGUUUUACCAUUUAAUAAUAAAGUUAUUUUACUUGACCAAAAAAAAAGGUUAAAGUAAUUUUCUUUUUA